UGAACCUGUUUCACUCAGCAGAAAUCACCACGCACGCUCUAUCCCCCACUAUUGAACAUUACCUUAUCAGCGCGAGCCCAGUGGAAAGGGACAGAAGUCAACGCUGCGCACUCCAGACCAUAUACAUCCGGUCAGACUAUUGUGCGACAGCCUAUACCUAGGCUACAUAUGGUUGAUUGACCAAACUUUUAACAUUUUUCUUUAUUCACCCUAGGACAACAUAUUUGAAUAUAUUACUAGGCCUAGGCUACGAUUGUGAAUUUGACAGACGCAUCAACAUUCGCAACAUCAACAUGACAGACGCAUCUACAUUCAACAUCAACACCGCGUUUUGAUCCUAAAGGAUGGCUGAAGCAGAACUACAGGCGUUUACGUCUAUGAUGGACGCACUCGUUCAAAUCAGCUCUAACAUGAAGAGUAUGGAGCGGGAGCUGCAUUGCCCGGUGUGUACUGAGAUGGUGAAGCAGCCCAUCAUCCUGCCGUGCCAGCACAGUGUGUGUCUYCUGUGUGCUGCUGAGGUGUUAAUCCAGAGAGGAUACCCUCCCCCAGACCUCCCCCCAGAGCCCAACUCCCCGGCUGCCUCCCCCAACACACGCUCCCCGCGCGGGGCACGCAGACCCCCGCCCAAGACCACCGACCGCCUGGACCGCGUCCUCAGACCAG